GUGUGUGAACUCUUGCUAGCUACUGGCGCCAAGACCGGGAGCCGCAUGACAGCAGCGUCCAUUCUGAGGAAAGAAAACGGAGCUACUAAAUAAACAUGUUUGUGGCUCGUAGCAUUGCAGCGGAUCACAAAGAUCUAAUCCACGAUGUUUCCUAUGAUUUUCACGGCCGGAGAAUGGCAACUUGUUCAAGUGACCAAAGUGUCAAGGUUUGGGACAAGAGUGAAAGUGGGGAGUGGCACUGCACUGCCAGCUGGAAGACACACAGCGGGUCCGUGUGGAGGGUGACAUGGGCCCACCCUGAGUUUGGACAGGUGCUGGCCUCCUGCUCCUUUGACCGAACAGCUGCCGUGUGGGAGGAGAUCGUUGGGGAGUCAAACGACAAACAGAGGGGGCAGAGCCACUGGAUAAAGAGGACGACUCUGGUGGACAGCAGGACGUCGGUGACGGAUGUGAAGUUUGCUCCUAAACACAUGGGUCUGAUGCUGACGACGUGCUCAGCAGACGGGGUGGUGAGGAUCUACGAGGCUCCAGACGUGAUGAACCUCAGCCAGUGGUCCCUGCAGCACGAGAUCUCCUGCAAACUCAGCUGCUCCUGUAUCUCCUGGAACCCCUCCAGCUCUCGUGCCCACCCGCCCAUGAUAGCAGUGGGAAGUGAUGACAGUAACGUGAUGUACGGUGGGAAGGUUCAGAUCUACGAGUACAACGAAAACACUAGGAAAUAUGCCAAAGCUGAGACGUUGAUGACGGUGACUGACGCGGUGCAUGACAUAGCCUUCGCCCCUAACCUGGGGCGGUCCUUCCACGUGCUCGCCAUAGCAACCAAAGACGUUCGGAUCUUUAAGUUGGUCCCUUUGCGGAAGGAGAGCAGCUCAACAGGCCCUACUAAGUUUGAGGUUCAGAUCGUGGCCCAGUUUGACAACCACAACUCCCAGGUGUGGAGAGUCUCCUGGAACAUCACGAGCACCCUGCUGGCCUCCUCAGGAGACGACGGCUGUGUCAGGCUCUGGAAAGCCAACUAUAUGGACAACUGGAAGUGUACAGGCAUCCUGAAGGGAGACGGUAGUCCUGUCAACGGGUCGUCAGGACAACCCAGUGCCAUGAAUACCGUGGUGGGGUCGACUGUCCAGACCUCCCAGAGUGCACUGAACGGCUCUGCUGCAGGAAGGUAGGAGGCUACGCCCACUGUCGGAGCUGACGACUGACUGCCUCACUGCUUUACUCUCUCUGGGCCUGACUGACCCUGCAGCACUGACCCCCUCCCUGGGUCAACUGACCACAACUGGCACCGUGGGCUGCACUCAUUCAAAGAGCUUGGCUUCUGGCAAGGCCCAGCAGGUCAGACCCAGAACAUAGGCCUGCUCUCUGCUAGGCCUGUCUGCUAGUCAUAAAAGGAGUGUUUGGGAUGGGGUUUGCUACAGUUUAAUGUUAGCACAACAGCAGGUUGCUGUUUUAUUGGACACUUUUCUAUUUUUUUUUGGUGAUUGAUUGUUUACACAAUUUUAGGUUGAGGGAACAAGAAUGUUAUUUUGAAGAAUAUAAUUUUUAGAUUAGUUACAAUUACAGAUGUCUGUCAUCGUCACACAAUGUCCCAGAAUGCCCCAGAUAUUGAGUUUAAGCUUUUGUCAUUCCAUGGUCUUCAUACCAGGGCCAAACAUACAAACUUGCUAAAAUUGAAUACUUUACUCUUUUGAUUUAAUAUUCUUAUGACACAAUGUAAAUCAUGUUUGGUGGGCAUAUUGAUAAAAAAAUAAAAUCAUAUUUUCAAUAUUUUUAUUUUUUAUUUUAUUUUGAAACAAAAAGUUGCCAAAGUCUUUGCAUGGUGGAGGAACAACUGGACUAUAAUCUGGUAAUAAUCCCUAUUAACCUGCUGGUAAUCUGUCAUUAAUCUGAAUGAAAUAGUGACUACAGGCCGGUAACCAUACUAGUGCUUUGAUAACACACAAUGUUAAUAUUGCUGAGUUUACAUUCAAUAUUCCACCUUGUACUAUACAUCAACAUUCCUUUCCAGGCGUUAUACUCUCACCUAGUACUGUACGUUGGUUCAUAAUAAAAGUCUAAUAUGCCCUCGCUUGUGGUGACUAUUCUGCCUUAAAAUCCACUCCAUUCUGAAAGGCCUCUGCUAACCUGUUACAUUGUGACUGCAUUGUGCAGCGUAUUGUUUCUGUUUUUAAUAAUGACAACUUUUUCUGUACUGUCAAUCUUGAUAAAUGCAUCUUAUUGUGA